UGCAAAUCCCUAAAACUUCAAUUCACAAAAGAUAAUUUAUCCGCCAUGGAAGCUCUAAGAACUGUCUCGACUGUUGCCCCACCGAAAGUUAUCACAGCUCACUUGUCCAAACCCCUUUUCAGUCUUUCUUUUACUCAGAAAAGAUCUAAAUCUCCCUUACUCAACUUAACCCAGUUUACAAAAUCCAAAUUCACUAAGUUCAAUGUCAUUUCUCCAUCUGUCUGGACCCAACCCGCAGCCCCACCCGAAGAAGAAACCGAACCCGAUACCGAUGAGAAAUUUGAUUGGUUUUCUCACUGGUAUCCGCUCAUGCCUGUGUGUGAUUUGGACAAGAGGGCUCCGCAUGGGAUGAAGGUGUUGGGUCUUGAUGUUGUGGUGUGGUGGGAUAAGAACGCGAAUCAAUGGAAGGUGUUCGAUGAUCGCUGUCCACACAGAUUGGCUCCACUUUCCGAAGGAAGGAUUGAUCAAUGGGGUAGGCUGCAGUGUGUGUACCAUGGCUGGUGUUUUAAUGGCUCCGGCAACUGCAAAUUAAUUCCUCAAGCUCCUCUUGAUGGUCCUCCGGUUCAUUCUUUCCCGAAAGCAUGUGUUGGUGUUUAUCCAAGCACCAUACAAUACGAUAUUGUUUGGUUUUGGCCUAGUACUGAUCCACAAUACAAGGAUAUCCUCUCCAAGAAGAAACCACUAUACAUCCCUGAACUUUCAUAUCCUUCAUAUGCCUUCCAAACAUACCACAGAGAUAUACCAUACGGGUAUGAAGUACUGAUUGAAAAUCUCAUGGACCCUUCUCAUGUUCAAUAUGCACAUCGUGGGAUAAUUUCGGCAAAAGAGCCCAGUGUUAAGGUUGAUCGAGAAGGGGGUGUCCCAAUUGAUUUGAAAAUGGAAUAUUCGGACAAAAAUGGUUAUGCUACAACUAACAACCAAGAUAUUAAAUCGAGCUUUGUUGCACCUUAUAUGUACAAAAGCAAUCUCCAAAAUUUCACACCGGGAAAAUUCGGACAAAAGGGACCGGAAGAGGAUGUUUUGGUCUUUUUAUGUAUUCCGGUAAGCCCGGGUAAUAGCAGAUUGAUAACUAUUAUUCCUAGACACUUGUGGGUAAAUGUAUCAUAUUGCAAAUGGUGGAACCAUAUGAUCCAGAAUUUGAUCGUUGAUUCGGAUUUGUAUCUUCUUCGCGUUCAGGAGGAGAAAUUGCUGGAGGCAGGACCUUUAAAUUGGCAAAAAGUCAGUUUUGUGCCAGCCAAAGCAGAUGCUAACGUGGUGCUAUUUAGAAAGUGGCUAAAGAAAUAUGCGGGUGGUCAAUUCGAUUGGGGAACCAAGUUUAAUGGAGCUCUUCCACCCAUCCCUCCUAGAGAACAAUUCUUUGACAGGUACUGGAGCCAUGUGGUGAAUUGCAGUAGCUGCAACCGUGCAUAUAAAGGUUUUAAGGCACUAAAGAUCUCUCUUCAAGUGUUUUCAGUUUCUUCGGUCGCUAUUAUGGCUGCAACCAAACCCGGGAUGGUAUCAGUUGCCGCUAGAAACACACUUGCAGUUGCUGCAAUUAUGUGUUUUGUGGGAUCACUAUGGUUGUCACGUUUCAUUUACAAAACCUUCCAUUUUCAUGACUAUAAUCACUCCUUUAAAUGAGGUUCAUUUUUUUAAGAUCAUGAUGUAAUAUAUUCCUUGUGUUGUCGUUUACUUUUACUAUUGUUGUUUGUUUCUCCCCCACGUAUCUAUCUAUCCUAUAUAAUAAAAGAAAAUUAUUGAGGACACAUGUCA